GGCUCCCCCUCCCGCGAGGUGCCGGCCGCGCUCUCCGCUCCUUGCGGUAGGGGGCAGACCGUGCGGGGCGUGUGCACACGGCGCUGCCGGUUCCCUCUGAAUGUAGCCCGGGUCCUGGCUCCGGCUGCGAACACCGCAGUGCUCUGGGAGCGAGCUGGGCUCUGUCAAGCCACCGCUGCGCUGCCCUGGGCUCGCCUCACUUCUCUCCGCUCACAUGCCUCAGUCAGCUUCCUCACCUGAAGAUUUUAAAAUCUGCUGAAUUGGAACACUUGGAAUAUUAAGCAGUAGCCUUGAAUUGAUCUAAGGUGCAUUUUUCUUCCAGUUAUAAAGAGGACUGGCUCCCAAGAAACCCGUAUGAGUGAGGCUCCACUCUGCAAUGGAAUCCUGGCCUACCCUGGCCUGGGUUCUGCUACUUAGCCUGAUCGCUGACUGUCUGAAAGCAGUUCAACCUAGAGACUUUACAGUGAAAGAUAUUAUCUACCUUCAUCCUUCAACCACACCAUAUCCUGGUGGAUUUAAAUGUUUCACCUGUGAAAAGGCAGCAGACAAUUAUGAAUGCAACCGAUGGGCUCCAGAUAUCUAUUGUCCAAAAGGGACAAGAUACUGUUACACUCAACACACAUUGGAAGCCAGUGGAGAAAGUAUAUCUGUCACUAAGCGCUGUGUGCCACUGGAGGACUGUUUGUCUACUGGAUGCAUAGAUUCAAAACACGAAGGCCACAAGAUCUGCACUUCCUGCUGUGAAGGAAAUAUCUGCAACUUGCCAUUACCCAGAAAUGCAACUGAUGCAAUAUUUGCAACGACAUCCCCUGUAAAUCAGACAAAAAGACUUUCCCAACAUAUAUCAAUAAUAACAUCAUGUCUCCUGUUGGUAUUUACUUCAUAGCAAUGUCAUAAGGUGCCAUUUGUCUAGUUGGAAAAGCUUAACUGGAUGAAAACCUUAGUAUCAAUAUAUGACCUUAUCUGUUCAUAUCUGAAUAUUUCAACAACAUUCCCAGAAUUUUAAUUUCUUCUUGAUUUUUUUUUUUGGUUAAUUUUGGUUAGUACUGCACCAAAAUGUUCCUGAAGUGUAUUCUCCUGAAGGGGAGAAUAAUCCAAUUGUUUUCACUUAAUAUUUUAAGUAGAAACACAUUUGAAAUAUUUUCAAACUAGUGGGUCACCCAUAUACCUGGGUACAUAGAAUAUUCUUGAAAUUUGUCUUCUCUCUGUGAAGUGGUAAUAUUUGUUAAAAAUAUAUUAUGCAGCUAUAGAAUCAUAUAAUUUGAUUAUUUGAAGCUCUCUCAUGAAGGAGUAUUUAUUUACUGAUUCCAACAAUAAUUUGAUUAUCAUAUCAAUCUUUGGCACCUUCCUGAUUGUUUGGAAACCUCACAGCAGCUAACCUCACCUCUGUAUGCCUGCCCUGUCUUUUUUUUUUUUUUUCACACUACAAACUUCCAUGGAUCUGCUGCUUCUCUCUCAGUGAUGUAAAUCAGGGGUAACUCCAUUGAGGUCAAUGGAGUUACACCAGUAUAAAAGUAACAUUAGAGGAAAACUGGGUCCAAUGGGAGAUUGGGAACAAGCUUCAGCUGUUCACAGAUGCCUUCUCUAAAGUAAUCCAUCAACAGUGAAAAUGAUUUUUUUCUUCACAUCUGACUGUUAAAAUGUUUGGAUGUGGUGCUGAGCAUGGUGGUGUUACCUGUUGUAAAUACUCAUCCAUUCUGUAAAGAAUGACAUCACACCUCCAUUUUGUAAGUCAAGCCUGAGAUAUUUUAAAGACCUUAGUUUUGUAAGCUUUAUUGAUCGAAGCAUGGGCUAAAAUACAAGCAGCCAAUUUUAGUCUAAGAGAGGAAAAUGUAUAUUAAAAGCUAUUUGAAGGCCUCCUGUGCAAUAUGAUGGUGCAUGACAAGGCAACACAGCAAAUAGUGCUUCACAAUUUUAUUUCUUUUUACAGCUAGGUGCCCAGUCCUUCAAGGUGCUUAACAUUGGCUCUAAUUUAACAAAGCACUUAAGCACAUGCUUACUUUUAAGCACAUAAAAAGUCCCCUUGAACUCACUGUGUUUUGGAACAACCACAUAGACAUAUUCUGGCUUGAGUCCAUGCAUGCAAAUCCCCUGGGGUAUGGACAUUUAAGAGUGAGAGUAAGAUAUAGCUUACCUAAAAUCAACUUUUAUGACAAUAUUUUUAACUACCAUUGUAGACCGUUUUUUCUUUUCUAACUUGGAAUUAAAUUACUACUAAAUUAAGGACUGAUCCAGCAAUGUUCCCACUCUCCAAAUUCCUGUUGACUUCAGUGAGAAUUAUACAUACCAAACAACCGCAGGACUAUGCCUGAGGUUUUACGUUUAAAAGUAGAUAUCAAAAUGCAUAAAACUGCUAUUUGAAUAGCCACAUGGCAAGAAACACAUUGUAGUGCAUGAUUAUACUCUGACAAAGAAAGAUUAAGAAAACGUCAUUUAUUUCUAAUGAUCACUCCCGGCAUAUAGGGUGAAACUUUUACUAGUCUUGGCUAUAUUUUUGGCACCAACUGUUGUGUAUGUCACUUGUAAAUCAUUUAUACAAUAUUUAUUUUUGUAUGGUAUGAUUAGAAUCUAAUGUAUUGUUUUAAAAAAAAUCUUAAGAACAAUUUACCCUAAUAGGACAGUUGUUUUAAGACUGGGUAAAACUGUAAUAUAUACUAUGAUAAUUUAUAAUAUUUUGCACCAGUGUUGAAAAAAGAUUAACUUGCUUUACAAGGUCAGUAGUAAAUUAAAGUUUCCCUCACUGGUUUAACUUAAAACUAAACAAAAAAGUAGGUGGAACUUUGAUAGAUUGUACAACGUGUAACUAUACAUGUAAGUGUUUUUGAGCUAUUUUUGGUUAGCAAGAAUCAACUGAUAACUUGCACUUUAUCAAAUUACAAUACAGGUUUAUUCUCUGAGGCUUAUGUGGUGAAAUGUAUUAUAAAGAGGGAGGAAAUAUUGCUGGAAUCCAAGUGCUCUGUAAAAAAUGUUCGAUAAGAAAGUGCCUCCUGAAUGGCAUAAAAAUUGUCCACAAACACUAAUCCGAUAGUGUUUCUUCAAAAUAUCAAUAAUCUCUAGACGCUGUUGAUGCCAGUAAGCAAUGCUCUUGUCUUAGUUGUAAUGGCUAAUGGCUUCUUUUGAGCUACACAUCUGUAUUAUUUAGGAUUGUGUGAAAGAUUUUGUUAUGGGAAAAUUGCAAAACCUCACAAUUCAUCUGAACCCUCCCACCCCAUGCCCCACACAUUUUUGAGGGGUUGGAGAACUUUCACGUGUGUGAAAAUUCAGAUAUUUUUACACAUUUCAGUGUGAAAAUUGAGCUUUACACCCUUUUUAUUUUAAAAGUUGAAUUUUACUUACAAAUAAAACUGAGUGAAAGUUGGCCCAUUUUCAUUCACAAAUGGUCAUGUUCUUGGUCAAAAGCCAUUGAAUGUUGGUGUUUUCAUCCAGUUGCAUCAUUUUUAUGGCAUUGCAGUAAAAUAUAUGUCUCCCUAAUGUGGGUGACUAGCUCAACAAUCCCUGUUAUUAAUUACAAGGGUGGUUGCAAUCUGCUAGUUUUAUGCAAGGGAGGCCUGCCCUUUGGGCUCCUGGCGAGUUAAUGGUGUGGCCCUCAGUUUCACAAAGUUUGGCCCUAUCUUGAGUAGACUUUCUUAGGCCUGGUCUACACUAAGGGGGGGGAUCGAACUAAGGUACGCAAGUUCAGCUACG